AUGGAUAAUAGUAACGGCCAAGCCAGUUCCAGUGAGACAGGAGAAAGACAGACGCCUGAAGACAUCUGCAGACAUGAAGACUGCACUCAAGCUGCUGCUGUCCCUGGCCUUAGCUGUGGCUCUGUCCAUCAACACAGCAACAACUACAACUACAGCACCAGCAACGAAUACAACUACAGCACCAGCAACAACUACAACUCCAGCAACAACUACAGUACCAGCAACAACUACAGGACCAGCAACAACUACAACUACAGCACCAGCAACGAAUACAACUACAGCACCAGCAACAACUACAGCACCAGCAACAACUACAACUACAGUACCAGCAACAACUACAACUCCAGCAACAACUACAACACCAGCAACAACUACAACUACAGCACCAGCAACGACUACAACUACAGCACCAGCAACAACUACAACUACAGUACCAGCAACAACUACAACUACAGCACCAGCAACAACUACAACUACAGCACCAGCAACAACUACAACUACAGCACCAGCAACAACUACAACUACAGUACCAGCAACAACUAUGUACGCACAUAG